AUGGCCUUCAAAAAGUUGUGGACAUCAUUUGGAGGAAAAAGAAAACCAGCCAAAAAGCCAAGAAAAAGAAAGCUCAUAUUUUUAAGUCGCAGAACUUCAUGCCGCUGUGAAAGAGUAAUGAAUUCUACAAUGUUUCAGUACACUAACGUAGACAGAUAUGCAGAGGCUUUUGCAAAAAAUUUCACCACUGUUCUUCUUGGGCUCAUAAUUAACUGCAUCAAUGGAUUAUUUGUUUUCACAUUCUUCAAGAGUUCAGUGUUCUACAAUGAUCCGAGAUACAUAUUAUAUAUUCACAUGGUUAUCUGUGAUAUGCUCAUGGUUUUUUUCAGUGUAGGUCUCUCUGUGAUGGCUUAUGCUUGGCCAAAUGUUCCUGUACCAUUUUGUGUAACACUCCUAAUAAUAUCCUCAGCAACUCAUAAGAACACUCCUCUGACUUUGGCCGGCAUGGCCAUUGAGCGUUACAUUGCCAUCUGCAAACCACUGCAUCACAAUCAGAUUUGCACAGUGCGCAGGACGUACAUCCUCAUCUCUCUCAUAUGGAGUGUUGGAGUUUUACCUGCAUUGGCUGACUUGAUUCUCCUUUCAAUUGUUCGUCCUUUGGCUUUUUAUACAAGUGCUCUCUGUAGUACAUCUAAUGUGUAUAGUACGGUGUACCACGAAGAACAAAGUAAAAUCACACAUGGGAUUUAUACAUCUGUUGUGUGGUUAAUUCUUGUGUACACAUAUUGUCGAGUGCUGAUUGCUGCCAGAAGAGCAACUACUGACAAAUCCUCAGCAAAAAAGGCCCAAAACACCAUCUUGUUACAUGGAGUACAGCUUUUGCUCUCUAUGAUGUCCAAUAUUACUCCUGUUAUAGACAAGAUUUAUGCUCAACUUAUUCCCACAUUACGGUCAAAAAUCACCUUUCUCAAUUAUCUUUUUACAAAUUUAUUACCUCGACUGCUAAGCCCUCUUAUUUAUGGUGUUCGAGAUAAACAUUUUUUGAAAUGCAUUAAAGGGCUAUUUUCAUGUCGAUUAUUUAAUGUAAAAGUUCAACCA